AUGGUGAUCGGCCUCCUCACCCUGACGGCCAUACCGACCGUCACAGGCGUCGGCCAAGCCGUCAGCGCUCAGAAGAGGCAGAACGCAGCGUCCAAGGAGCAAGAAAAGUUCCACCUGACGGCCGUCGUCGAGCAUCACGACGGCACGGAAGAGCCAGCGGGGACGUGUAUUCUCAAAGACGGAAAGCUCAUGCUGCAAGGCCCCGGACAAGCGGUUGCAGGGGGGCACAAGUUCUGCGGCUUCUACUUCAAGUACCCCAGCGAGGAGCAGCACCUGGGGCUGGUCAGCAGCGUGGCCGACGGCCAGCCCACGCUGAACUGGAUCUACGUCAACAGAGACACGCGGGCCGUGGAGCACGGCACCAGGAAGAGCACGGUGGGCCAGAUCGUCGGGCCGUGGGGGUGGGCUGAGGACGAGCGGUUUCUGACGCUCGCCGGCGACCCCGGAGGCUUUGUGGCUGUCCAGGAAGAGCCAGACGGUGCAGCAGAGCGGUGGAGCGUGUUCUGGGGCAGGGGGGGCGAUAGCAAAGAGCAAGGAAAAGGCAGCCAGAGGGACCUGCGCCGUGUCAAGCUUUUUCGGAAGCCGUUGCUGGGUAUGGAAAGCUCCUACGUCAGAGACGGGGGGCAGUGA